CCCCAGGAUUUUAACCCCUGGACUUCAAAUUCUCAAGACUGCGAAAAGAAAGAUGCUUAGAGCUGUGAACGCAGGGGCUAGGGGCCUGGAUAAGACGGCAGACGCGAGCUCAGAUCGUGUCGAGGCCUCACUCGAGCGACAGCGAUCAUCUAGUGGUGGAACUGCUGAAGAACAAGCACCAAGGCAUUGCAGUGUUUGCAUUCAACAGAUCUGAAGUCAAGAACGCCCUGAGCAGAAAACUAGUCAACCAGUUGGCGGCAGGUAUUCAGCAGGUGAGACAUGAUCCUGAUGUGAGGACGGUUAUACUGAAGAGCAAUGCUCCCGGAGUGUUCUGUGCCGGAGCUGACCUCAAGGAGAGAAAGGAGAUGACAGACAGAGAGGUUUCAGAAUUCACGGCAGGGGGCACGUAAGACUAUCCAGGAUCUCUGUGACCUUCCAAAGCCUGUCAUCUCUGCAUUGGACGGCUUGGCUCUUGGUGGCGGGCUGGAAAUUGCACUGGCAACAGACAUCAGGGUGGCAGCUGACACUGCUCAAAUGGGACUGGUGGAGACGAGACUUGCCAUCAUCCCUGGUGGAGGUGGCACACAGCGGCUGCCCAAACUGAUUGGCGCAGGUAAGGCAAAGCAGAUGAUCUUCACUGCACAGAUUGUGAGUGGUGCUGAGGCGCAUGCCAUUGGCCUCGUUGAAGAGGUAGUCCCUGCUAAUGAAGAGUCUAAUGCUGCCUACAAGAAGGCUUUAGAGAUUGCUCUAGAAAUAGGCUCAAAGGGUCCAAUUGCAGUAGGUGCUGCCAAGAAAGCAAUUGACAUGGGGUUGCAGGCCGACAUAGCAACAGGAAUGCGAAUCGAAGAGGCCUGCUAUGCUCAAAUUAUUGCAACAGAGGACAGAUUGGAAGCUCUCAAGGCUUUCCAAGAGAAAAGAAAGCCAGUUUUCAAGGGAAAGUAGAAGUGUUCCAGAUGUAAUUGUAUUCAUUGCUUACCAAUGUUGCUAUGGAUACUGUUAGUAAAAAAUGGCUGAAGUUUGCGGCACCUGUGCAGCAGAAACGUGGGGGAUGAACGUUUCUUAGAGCGGUGCAGAGAAAACUAGUAGUUUUUCAGCGACAGAAGAAGGAAGGGCCUGUCGUCAUGUCGACAACUGGCCAUCCACUGAGCCCCAAUGCUCCUGCAAUUACAACCAGCAGUCUCAGACGCUCACCAGGGGAAGGUGCCCACCCCUCCACCUCCUCCUCUUUCCUGGCAGCCUCACUGGCACGAGGGGCUGAGACACAGCACCAGCUACAAGCCAGACUCUACGGCCAACACGAAGUGUAUUCUCACUCUAGACCACAGCUCAGAGUAGCUCGAAGGAGGCCACAAAAAGACUGGGAUGAUGCUCCGAUAAAGAAAAAGCAGCAGAAGCUAGAGCCGCUACCUGCUCUGUCAGCCUACCAGGAGCAACUGCACCACGACAUUCAUGGCCCCGACCAGCCUCUGCCUCCAAACCUUGCACGAAACUCCAGAAAGGGGAGCGUGCAUCCACUCCAGGAAGAUGUGAGCCUUUCUCCCCUGCCACCUCUUCCGGGAGACUUGCAAGAAAGACAAAAGACAAUGGAAGAAUUGCGUGAGACUGUCCCACAGCCUAUGCCUCCUUCCAUCCUCCACCAACCACUGUGACUUCAUCUCGCAGAGUUUCCUCUCGUCGGAGAUACAGCUCUCGCUCUGCCCUCAUGGUGUCCGACCCCACCUCAGUCCCAACAAAGUUUUCUCCUCCUCUUGAGAGCCUUGUGGAUCCUCUGGAGAUCAUUGAGCGACUGCGCAGGGAGCCUGAGCUGGGUUUCCUCUACCUCACUCCACGAGACGACUGCAAAUCUUGUCGCUACAACCCCUACGACCUCAGAGUGGUGGUGUACUCCAAAGUGAACAAGUCUGACUAUUCCACUCUCAGUCUGAAGGGAGUGACUCGGAUGAUAGCGGGUCGCGAGCCUCAGUUCACAGAUCUGGACCAGUGGGUCUGCGACUUGAACCACUUCAACCAACUCGUCAAGAUUGGCACCUUCGCCAGGUUCAGGAUGUGGAAAGCUUUUGCCACGUGGAGAAAAAACGUUCGGUCCAGACGAAUUCGAGAGUGUAAGAAGUCGCUGGAAGAGAAUCUGUUCAUCCUACACCCGCAACUCUCUCUGGCGUUGCUGGAGAUCAGGGCCCACUGCGAGGCAGACUACGAGAGUAAACUGCUGCUGGCCAUAGAGGAAGGCACCACGUACAGUCUGGAUGAGUUCAGGGACUGCCACAUGGGCAAAAUGGGACUGGUGUCAGCGGUAUUGUCUGAACUGCAUGCUAUAGUCAGGCAGAUUGUGGUGACGGCCUGUGAAGACACUCUGUCACAACAUGGCUUUGUACCUGACCCCCUGGAAGACCCAGAAGCUGAAGGGGGCUCUCAAUCGAUUUUGGAAGGAGAAGGAAGUAGAGAGAAGGAGGGGCUUGUUCAGCUUGAUCACAAGGAGAAGAUGAGCUACACGGAGCAAGCAGCAAAGAGACAGCACUGCCAAAGACUCACAAGUUUCAUAAGACUGUGUGACUACUUGGUGGUGACUAUGCUGCACGGGCUGACUCGCCACUCGUGCUCUCGUCUCCUGAAUCUCCUGCGGACGCAACUGGAGAAGGCGGUGGAGGUGACCAACAUUGUCAAGGACAUCCCAGAGGAUGUGGAGGAGCUGGAAAAGACACUGCAGGAGAUCUACGACACAGUGGGCUACACUCCAGUGCAUCUGGAAAAGAUGGCCUCUCGCUCCUCCCACACGCUCGCCUCUGCGUCUUCCUCCAAGUUUGGGAGGGCCUCACCUGUCAGAGCUCCCUCUCGCCUCCAGCCAUCGCCACUGCAACUUUCAAAGGAUAUGCUAGUGAAGGAACAAGAGGAAAAGUGCCUGUUUACAACGGAGUUGGUGCUGGAGGAUGAUAUGCUCUGCUUCGAGCCAGCAGAGUCUCAAUUCCAUGCCACAAUAGGAGAUAUCCUGAUCCAAUUCCAGGAGUGCUGCCACGCUGUUCCCAAUCUCCUCCCAGACCCAUUCUUCCAUUCCUUCACCAGGCCACUGAUCAAUGGUCAGUUGGAGGAGAAGGUAUGUGGUGAGGGUCCCUGCCUUGAAGAUGUGUUUGAAGACGACUCUCACUUAGAACAACUCAACAACAGUAUACAGGAGUGUGUGAGUGUGGCAUUUCAGAAAGCUGAUGACUAUCGGCAAAAGUUUGAGCCUUACAGGGACUUCUACAGACAGAACGAAGCUCUGGACGUGGAGAAAUUCAGGGAAGAAGAUCAUGAUGUGGAGUUCUACCGACUAUGGCUGGGCCGCUAUCGACUGCAGCACAUUCGAGCCUUGGACUGCCCUUCUACAAAAGACCUUGGCCUGAUGCUAGUGGACAGCAACGUGCUACGAAACCAGCUCCUACCUUCACCCAUUCGGUGCCAAGAGGCCAUUCAUGACACUCUGCCCUUCAAAGCAAAAGUGAUAAUGGAGCGACUGAUUUCAGUGUCACAGGAUGCAGUUUUCAAGCUGGAAUCUGAGCCUGUUUCAACAGCUGAUUUUGUCAACCUCCUGACUUUCCUGGAUGAGAUUCAGGAGCAAAUGGCUGGGGUGGAGGAUGAAGCAGUGAUAGUCAAAGAUCUGUUUGAUCUCAUCCACAAGUACCAGGUCCCAACUCCUCCUGAGGACCUCGCUGUCUACCAGAGUCUCCGGCCAGAGGUGAACAGACUGCGUACUGCAGUAGACAAAGGCACCAGCAACAGAGAGCAGUACGUCCACAAGUUCUGCACUCAACUGGACAAAGACAUUGCCGAGCUGGACAAGGAAGCCAAGGAGAUCAAGAAUGAAGCUCAGGCGGGCAUGAUCACCGACCCAGAGUCCAACACUGACCAGGUGAUGGAGUUUGUGGGGGGACUGAUGGCAAGACUGGAGGGACUACACAAGAAGGCCUUCACAUACAAAUCCUACCAGAAGAACUUCAAGGUUGAGGUUACCAAGUUUGAAGACCUGGAGGAGACCCAUGCCGAAGUCAGACUGAAGCAGACCCUCUGGAAAUCACAGCAGGACUGGGAAGCAGACUAUGAACUAUGGCUUACUACGCCAUUCAAUGAGCUUCAGCCUGACACCCUCAACGGCCAAGUGCUAAAGUACGCGAAAACUGUCUACCAACUGGAGAAGGGGCUCCCUCCGAAUGCUGUGGUGCCCAAACUGAAGGAGAAAGUUGAAGACAUGAAGGAUAAGGUACCCACCAUCACUGACCUACUCAACCCUGCACUGAAGCCACGCACUGGACCCUCAUCGAGGAAGUCAUUGGCUACAAAUUUGACCCGGAGUCUCCCCUUACACUGCGGACUCUCAUCGACCUGGAUGUGUUUGAUCACGCCGAGGCCAUACAGGAAGUGUCGGGUCAGGCCUCGUCUGAAUCCUCACUGGAGGCCAUCCUCAAGAAGGUGGAAGAUGCAUGGAAGAGCAUGGAGUUUGUAGUGCUGUCUCACAGAGACUCCAAGGACAUCUUCAUUCUGGGAGGAACCGACGACAUUCAAGUCCUGCUUGACGACAGCCAGGUCAACAUCUCCACUAUAGCUGGGUCUCGCCAUGUGGGUCCCAUCAGACCCAGAGUGGAGGACUGGGGCAAGAAACUGGCACUGUUUGCAGAGACACUGGAUGAAUGGUUGGAGUGCCAGCGCAACUGGCUGUACCUGGAGAGCAUAUUCGGAGCCCCGGACAUCCAGCGGCAGCUGCCCAACGAGGCCAAGAUGUUCACUCAGGUCGACAAGAGCUGGAAGGAGAUCAUGAGGAGAGUCCACAAGUACCCCAACUGUAUCAAGUCGGGGACACACCCUGGUCUGUUGGACACGUUCAAGAACAACAACAGUCUUCUGGAGCAGAUCCAGAAGUGUCUGGAGGACUACCUGGAGCAGAAGAGACUCCUCUUCUCACGGUUCUACUUCCUCUCCAACGACGAGCUCCUGGAGAUACUCUCACAGACCAGGAACCCCCAGGCCGUCCAGCCUCACCUCCGCAAGUGCUUCGAUGCCAUUGCCAGCCUUGAAUUUGGGACCACUCCCUCGCCAGAGCCUGGUGCCCCACCCAUCACCACCAAUGACAUCCUGUCCAUGGUGUCCCCUGAGAAGGAGGUCGUUACCUUGCAGAAGCAAGUGAAGGCUCGAGGGAAUGUGGAGAACUGGCUGGGUCUGGUGGAGGAUUCCAUGGUCGUCUCUCUCCGCAAGCUAACCAAGGCAGCUCUCGCCGACUUUGAGGAGAAACCUCGCCACAUCUGGGCCACCCAGCAUGCCAGUCAGGUGGUGCUGACAGUGUCUCAGAUCAUGUGGUGCCGUGAUCUGACAGAGUGCCUCACGACCACCGAAGGCAGCGUCGUUGAAGAAGUCAAACAAGCUGAAAACAGGUGUAUCCAGAACCUGAACAAGCUGGCAGAGCUGGUGCGAGGAGAGAUGCCAAGGUUGAGUCGGAGAGUGAUUGGUGCCCUCAUCACAAUUGACGUCCACGCCAGAGACAUUGUCACUCAGAUGGUCACCAAUGAGGUGAGUGGGCCCCAAGAUUUUGAGUGGGUGAAGAACCUCCGCUACUACUGGGACACGGAUCUGGACAACUGUCUCAUCAGAGCCUCCAACUCUCACUACAUCUAUGGCUACGAGUACCUGGGAGCCUCCCCUCGUCUGGUCAUCACUCCUCUCACCGAUCGCUGCUACCUGUGUCUGAUGGGUGCACUCCAGCUAGACCUGGGAGGAGCCCCCGCAGGUCCAGCUGGCACAGGCAAGACCGAGACAGUCAAGGACCUUGCAAAGGCCCUGGCCAAGCAGUGUGUGGUGUUCAACUGCUCUGAAGGCAUCGAUUACUUGAUGAUGGGUCGUUUCUUCUCAGGCCUGGCCCAGUCAGGCGCCUGGUGCUGCUUCGAUGAGUUCAACAGAAUCAACAUUGAGGUGUUGUCUGUCAUUGCCCAGCAGUUGCUCACUAUCAUGAAGGCCAAACAAGCCAAGGCUAAGAUGUUCAUGUUUGAGGGGAGGGAGAUCAAGUUGGUGCCAACAUGUGCUGCCUUCAUCACAAUGAAUCCUGGCUACGCUGGACGGACGGAGCUGCCUGACAACCUGAAGGCUCUGUUCCGCCCUUUUGCCAUGAUGGUUCCUGAUUAUGCCCUAAUUGCAGAGGUUAUCCUCUAUUCUGAGGGGUUCGAGUCCUCCAAGAAUCUGGCCCGCAAGAUGACUCAGAUGUACAAGCUCUGCAGUGAGCAGCUCUCUCAGCAGGACCACUACGACUUUGGCAUGAGGGCCGUCAAGUCGGUGUUGGUGAUGGCAGGUCAGUUGAAGAGAGAGAAUCCUGAGAUUCAGGAGGACCUGGUGCUCAUCCGAGCCCUCAGGGACAGCAACCUGCCAAAGUUCCUUGCUGACGAUGCCAUCCUUUUCAAGGGUAUUCUGAGUGAUCUGUUCCCGGGAGUGACUCUACCAGAACAUGACUACGGAGUGCUACAGACAGCCAUUGAGAAUGCCGCCAGUGCAAAGGGACUGCAAGUCAUACCUGCUCAGAUUCGUAAGGUGAUCCAGUUGUACGAGACUCAACUGGUACGCCAUGGACUCAUGUGUGUGGGUCCUACCGGAGGUGGGAAAACGACCAUCUACGAGAUCCUGAAGGAAGCCCUCUUCAAUCUCCACAAAGACGGGCACCAGUACUACUACUAUCAGCCUGUCCACACAUACGUCCUCAACCCUAAGGCCAUAACUAUGGGAGAGUUGUACGGAGAGGUCAACAAACUCACUUUGGAGUGGAGAGAUGGACUGAUGGCCGCCCUUGUGAGACAGUGUGUCAAGGACACCACGGAGGACCACAAGUGGAUCGUCUGCGACGGCCCAGUCGACGCUCUCUGGAUAGAGAACAUGAACACUGUACUGGACGACAACAAGAUGCUGUGCAUGGCCAACAGCGAGCGGAUCAAGCUCACGCCAUCAAUGCACAUGAUGUUCGAAGUCCAAGACUUGGCCGUCGCCUCCCCAGCCACUGUCAGUCGCUGUGGCAUGGUAUAUCUGGAUCCAGGAGACCUCGGCUGGCGACCUUACGUCCAGACAUGGAUGAAGAGACAGAUGCCUGGCAAGAUGACCGAUGCCACCAGAGGCUACAUGUUGGGACUGUUUGAUAGCUACAUCGACGCUGGGCUCAAGUUCCUCAGGAAACAGACUGUUCAGACUAUGAACCAAUCAAUCAUGGGCAGAGUACAGGCACUCUGCUCUCUCCUUCAAUCCCUCCUCGUUGGUCCCCAUAGCAACCUGGACAUCUCCAUGGGCACUGAGAAGCUCCACCCCCUGAUCUGUACCUGCUUUGUGUUUUGCUACGUGUGGUGUCUCGGAGGCAACCUGGUUGAGAAAUCCAUGGACAAGUUUGAUACCUUCUGUCGGGACCUUUUUGGAGAAAACCAGGAUGUGAAGCUUCCAGGAGCAGGUGAUCUGUACAGCUACUAUGUGGAUUGUGAGACUCGCAGACUAGAGAACUGGGAGAAAGUCAUUCCUCCCUUUACAUAUAAUCCAGAGACUCCAUUCUUCGAUAUCUUGGUUCCAACGAUCGACACAAAGCGGUAUGGGCUUCUGAUGGAAAAACUGCUGGACGUUGGACACUCAGUGCUCUUCACAGGAACCACCGGAGUGGGAAAGUCUGUGAUAGCAAAGGGGCUCCUGAACAGCCUGCAAGAAAAGGGAGAUCUGGUGCCUGUCAUCAUAAACUUCUCGGCUCAGACCAGCAGUGGCCGAACACAGGAGAUCAUUGAAGGCAAACUCGAGAAGAAGAGAAAAACAAUACUCGGUGCACCAACGGGAAAAAAAGUGGUGAUAUUUGUUGAUGAUCUGAACAUGCCAAAACUGGACACCUAUGGCUCUCAGCCACCCAUCGAGUUGCUGCGACAAUACCAAGAUUUCCGAGGAUUCUACGACAGAGAAAAGCUUUUCUGGAAGCAGAUCCAAGAUGUGACAAUCUGUGCUGCGUGUGCUCCUCCCGGUGGUGGACGAAACCCUGUGACCCCUCGAUUCCUGCGACACUUUGCCAUUUUCUCCCUCGUCCGUCCUGCUGAGAUAUCCCUCACUGCCAUCUUCACAGCCAUCACAAAAGGAUUCUUUGCCGAGUUUCCACAACCAGUCAAGGAUGCAGCAGAGUCCAUAGUUAGAGCCAGUGUUGAGAUAUAUGGCCGGAUGAGUACAGACCUGCUGCCCACUCCCGCCAAGUCUCACUACAUUUUCAACCUCAGAGACCUUUCCAAAUGCAUCCAGGGAGUGCUCCAGGCAGAUCCCGGGGUCAUUCGCGAGCAUGACCAGAUUUUCCGUCUCUACUGCCACGAGGCCCAGCGAGUCUUCCACGACAGACUCAUCAACAAAGAAGACAAGACCUACUUCUACGGAAUGCUCUCCGAGAUGUCCUCCAAGCACUUCUCAAAGGAAGUGAGCGUGGAGAAGUUUGAAACUAGUCCAAUCAUCUUUGGAGACUUCAUCAAAGUGGGGGCCGACCCAUCUGAUCGACUGUACGAGGAACUGGCGGACAUGAAGAAGAUCAGAAAUGUCUUGAAUGAGUACCUUGAUGAUUUCAAUAUGAGCUCCUCCAAGGAAAUGAAGCUUGUGUUCUUUAUGGAUGCCAUGCAGCAUGUUUCACGGAUAGCGCGGAUGGUGCGGCAGCCUCGUGGCAACGCGCUCUUGGUCGGAGUAGGAGGAACUGGGAAACAGAGUCUCACGCGACUCGCUGCUCACAUGUGCGGCUACAAGUGCUUCCAGAUUGAGCUAACUCGUGGCUACAACUACGAGACUUUCCACGAGGACUUGAAGAAGCUCUACGUAAUGACUGGUGUCAAGGACGAGAACACUGUCUUCUUAUUCACUGAUACACAGAUUGUAGUUGAAGAAUUCCUGGAGGACAUCAACAACAUGUUGAACUCUGGAGAAGUCCCUAACCUCUUCCCAGCAGAUGAAUAUGAACAGAUCAUAGCUCAAGUCAGACCAAAAGCCAAAGAACAUGGAAUUGCUGAAGGGGACAGGGAUGGCAUUUUUGCCCACUUCAUAACCUGUGUUCAAGACAAGCUGCACAUUGUUCUGUGCAUGAGUCCUGUGGGAGAUGCCUUCCGUUCAAGAUGCCGCAUGUUCCCUUCACUCGUCAACUGCUGCACCAUUGAUUGGUUUACAGAAUGGCCAAAGGAGGCUUUGUUAUCAGUUGCACAGACUUUCUUUGAGAACGAAGACUUAGGAAAUGAGAGUGUAAAGGAACCACUGGCUAAGAUGUGUGUGGAGGUACACACGGGGGUUCGAGACAUGGCCGACGUUUUCUACGCAGAGUUGAGGAGACGCUACUACACCACACCCACUUCCUACCUCGAGCUAAUCAACCUCUACCUGUCCAUGCUCAAGAUAAAGAGGAAGCAACUUGUGAACUCACGCAACCGCAUUGCAACUGGUCUGAAGAAGAUCUUAGAGACAAAUGAGCAGGUGAAAGGUAUGCAGGAAGAGCUGACAGCCUUAGAACCAGAGCUGAAGCAGAAGUCAAAGGAAACUGAGGAACUCAUGCAGAGGCUCUCUGUUGACCAGGAACAAGCCACCCAGGUGCGUACAGUGGUGGUGCAGGAAGAGGCUGUGGCCAACAAGAAAGCAGAAGAGACUAAGGCUAUUGCUGAUGAUGCUCAGAAGGACUUGGACCAAGCUUUGCCAGCACUGCAAGCCGCCAACAAAGCCCUGGAUGCACUGGACAAGAGUGACAUAGCCGAGAUCAGGGUCUUCAGCAAGCCUCCCGAGCUAGUGGCCACAGUGAUGGAGGCCAUCUGUAUACUGUUCAACACUAGGCCAGACUGGCCCUCGGCUAAGACUCUACUGGGAGACACUGGUCUCAUGAAGAAGAUGAUUGACUAUGAUAAGGACAAGAUUUCAGAGUCGAUGCUGAAGAAGCUCAAGAAAUACAUUGAGAAUCCAAAGUUUGUGCCAGAGACUGUGGAGAAGACUUCGCGAGCCUGCAAGUCCAUGUGUCUGUGGGUGAGGGCACUGGACCUCUAUGCCAAGGUCUUCCGUACCGUGGAACCAAAAAGAGAAAAGUUGAAUGGAGCUCAGGACGAACUGGCCAAAGUGAUGGCUCAGCUGAAGGAGAAACAAGAGAAACUAGCAUCCAUUGAGGCAAAGAUUGCAGAUCUGCAGGCCAGCUAUGAGCGCAGUGUUGCAGAAAAGGAAGAGCUGACCACGAACAUUGAAAAGACCCAGGCCAGGCUUGACAGAGCUGCCAAACUCACCACUGGUCUCGCUGAUGAACAGAUCAGAUGGGCAGAGACUGUCACGAGGCUGGACACAGAAGUAAACAAUGUGGCAGGAGAUGUGUUUGUGGCCGCUGCUUGUGUGGCAUAUUGUGGAGCCUUCACCAACGUCUACAGGGAGAAGCUGGUGGCCAGUUGGAUAAACCAGUGUGGAGAGCUUGAGAUCCCAAUAUCAAGUGAUUUCACGGUCACCAACACUCUCGCAGACCCUUACGAGAUCCGUCAGUGGAACCAGUACGGUCUGCCACGUGAUUCAGUCUCCACUGAAAAUGCUGUGCUGGUCACGAGGGGCAGGAGGUGGCCACUGAUGAUUGACCCUCAAGAACAGGCCAACCGAUGGAUUCGUUCGAUGGAGGGUCGAAACGGCCUCAAAGUGAUCAAACUCACGGAUCCAAACUUCCUCCGUACCCUGGAGAACGCCAUUCGCAUAGGAACUCCAGUACUACUAGAGGAGGUUGAGGAGACUCUUGACCCAUCCCUGGAGCCAGUGCUGCUGAAGCAGACAUUCAUGCAGGGAGGAAGGCUCCUCAUCAGACUGGGAGACAGUGACAUCGACUAUGACAAAAACUUCAAGUUUUAUAUGACAUCGAAGCUGUCCAACCCACACUACCUGCCAGAGGUGUGCAUCAAAGUGACCAUCAUCAAUUUCACAGUCACCAAAUCAGGCCUGGAGGACCAGCUACUAAGUGAUGUAGUGAGACUGGAGAGACCUGAUCUUGAGCAGCAGAGAAAUGAGCUCAUUGUGAACAUCAACAAAGCCAAGACAGAACUGAAGGUCUCGCACGGGAACAUCCACCUAACAGUAUGCUUAUUGUCAUUCUCUUGACAGAGUAUCGAAGACACUAUUUUGAAGCUUCUCUUUGAGUCUAAAGGCAACAUUCUGGAUGAUGGAAAACUCAUUCAAACUCUCGAUGCAUCAAAGCUCACUUCAGCCCAAAUAUCAAAGAGACUGGCAGAAGCUGAACAGACUGAGUUGCAGAUCUCGACUGCCCGUGAGAAGUACAGGAAGGUGGCCACCCGAGGCUCGGUGAUGUAUUUUGUGGUGGCAGUACUGGGAGAUGUGGACCCUAUGUACCAGUACUCACUGAAGUACUUCAACCAACUGUUCAACAGCUGUAUAGAGCAGAGUGAGCCAUCGCCCGACCUGGAAGUGAGACUAGCCACUCUACUGCGAAACAUCACCAGCUCCGUCUACACCAAUGUGGCCAGAGGUCUGUUUGAGAAGGAUAAGCUGGUCUUCUCCUUCAUGCUGUGUGGGGAAAUAUUGAAACAAGCCGGCCAAAUCUCCGAUGCAGAGUGGAACUUCUUUCUCAGAGGACCUUCAAGAGCUGACAAGGAGCGUCCUGAGAAGCCAGAUGUACCCUGGUUGACCACUGCCCUGUGGAACACAUGCUGUGACCUGGAAGAUGCACUACCUGUGUUCAAGGGGCUUACGUCUGACAUAAUUGCCACUCCUGUCCACUGCAAAGCAGGCAGAAUUGAGGUCAAUGUUAAUCCAGUGGAUUGGGAUGGUUACACGGACCCCAACCCUCCACCUCCAACCUCUUCAACUGAAGACACAUCUGAGUCACCGCCACAAACGGAGAAUACUCCUCUCGUCGGCCACUGGUACGAACGGCUCUCAGAGUUUCAUCAACUGAUUAUGGUCAGAACCUUCAAGGAAGAGAAGGUGGUGUUUGCUACAGUUGACUUUGUCUCCAGCAACCUUGGUCCACAGUUUGUGGAGAGUCCUCCAGUAGCUCUGGCCACUCUCUAUGAGGACAUGUCCAACACCACUCCCCUCGUGUUUGUCCUCUCCUCUGGCUCUGACCCCAUGAGCAGCUUCCUCCGCUUUGCCAAGGAGAUGGGCUACUCUGAGAGGAUUCACUCCAUAUCUCUUGGACAAGGGCAAGGCCCGGUGGCAGAGAAAUUGAUAUCUGCUGCCACCAGUUCUGGUGACUGGGUAUUCCUACAGAACUGUCAUCUUGCUGCAUCGUGGAUGUUGGCACUAGAGGCAGUAGUGAAGGGGUUCUCAGCACCGGAUGCAGUCAUCCACAGCGACUUCCGUCUCUUCCUCUCUUCCAUGCCCGACAAAUGCUUCCCCGUCUCUGUCCUUCAGAACUCAGCCAAGGUCACCAAUGAACCACCAAAAGGACUUCGUACCAAUGUAAGAAGAGCAUAUACUGAGUUCCAGCCAUCAUUCAUUGAAGACCAUUUACUUGGAGUGACAUGGAGGAGAUUGGUGUUUGGGCUGUGCUUCUUUCACGCCAUCAUCCAAGAGAGGAAGAAGUUCGGUCCACUUGGCUGGAACAUCAAGUAUGAGUUCAAUGACUCAGACAGAGAGUGUGCUCUGGACAAUCUCAGGAUCUUCCUGGAAGAUGGCUCUAUACCGUGGGACGCUCUCACUUUCAUCACUGGAGAGAUCACAUAUGGUGGCAGGGUCACCGAUGCCUGGGACCAGCGCUGCCUGAGGACGAUCCUCAAGCGGUUCUUUUCUCCCAACACUCUGGAGGAGGACUACAAGUAUUCUUACUCUGGGGUCUACUAUGCCCCUGAAGCCGAGACCAUCCAGGCCUACAGAGACUACAUAGAGAGCCUGCCAUUCAACGACGAGCCCGAGAUAUUUGGGAUGCACGAAAAUGCCAACAUUGCUUUUCAGACUCAAGAGACACACAACUUGGUGAGCACAAUUCUGGAGGUGCAGCCUCGCACGGCCAGCAGUGGAGGAGGCAAGACCAAUGACGAGAUAGUCUACGAUCUAGCUGAAAGCAUCCUGCAGAAAAUUCCCGAGAAACUUGACCUUGAUAUAGCUCUUCCAUCUCUCUUUGAGGCAGAUGAGAAAGGGCAGAUCAACUCACUAUCAACUGUUCUAAGCCAAGAGGUUGACAGAUUCAACAACCUCCUCAAAGUUCUCAAGGACUCACUAAGGAACAUUCAGAAGGCCAUCAAGGGUCUAGUGGUAAUGUCAGAAGAGCUGGAGAGGGUCUACACAAGCUUUCUCAACAACCAGGUUCCAAGUAUGUGGGCCACUGCAGCGUAUCCAUCUCUCAAGCCUCUAAGUUCAUGGGUGAAGGACCUCACCUUUCGCAUACAUUUCAUAGAGCAUUGGAUCGAUAAUGGCCACCCUAAGUCCUUCUGGCUGUCUGGAUUCUUCUUCCCGCAAGGUUUUCUCACAGGCGCGCUCCAGAACCACGCGCGGAAGUACAAUCUGCCGAUCGAUGAGCUGAGCUUCAAGUUCACUCCUCUGCCCCAGUACCGGCACCAGGAGGACUACUACAAUGCAGCCAUGAAGAAAGAAGAGGGGAAGAUUGACGAGACUCUGGAAAAACCAGAGGAUGGAGUGGUGGUGCACGGGCUGUUCAUGGAGGCUAUGAAAUGGGAUGAUGAAACAAUGGCAGUGGUGGACUCAAGACCUGGAGAAAUGAACCCACCCCUGCCAAUGAUGCACAUGGAGCCUCACCGCAACCACGUGGCUAAUCCUGCGGACUAUUUAUCUCCGCUGUACAAGACACAGGAGCGUGCUGGGGUCCUCUCAACAACUGGUCAUUCUACUAACUUUGUUGUGGCGGUGGAGAUCCCUUCCAGCCAGCCUCAGGACUAUUGGAUCAACAAGGGAGCUGCCCUAUUCUGCCAGCUCAGAGAAUAACUCUCCCCACGAUGAGAUUAAAAACACCAGUAUUUUAAACCAAACUCUCAUACAGGGUGCAUGCAUGAUGCUAGUUUUUAAUGUACAGGCGACUGCAACCCGAUCACUAUUAUGUAGCGUGUCGUUACGCGCAUGCGUAAUACGAAUACGUAACUA